AUGCUACAGAAAGUAACUUUUCCAUUCAGCGGUGUUCAGCCGGCCAUUCUCCCACAGCUUCUGCCUAAGACAACGUCAAAAGCAAAGCGAACUACACAACAUAAACCAUCUCAUGGCAGUAAAACAUCUGGGGAAAUCUUGCGAAAAAUCACUCUCCCCAGUGGAUGCGUCCUACAGAUCGUCCAGGCUGAUAUGGCAGAACUCUCAGUUGACGCAGUUGUCAAUCCAACAUCUAGUAAUUUUUACAUGGGCGGUAUGGCGCACUAUGCACAUUUGUUGUCCUUGCUUUCUAAUACCCUCGGAAACCUUGGUUCUCACUACUCUUUUUUUAAAGCCCACAUCACCGAUGCGCCCAAUCUGAAAGCGCGACACGUUGUUCACGUGAAUGGACCUCUUUGGGACUCCACGCUGGCCGGAGAACGUUUGAGCGACCUUGAACGAUGCAUUGAAAAUUGCUUGCGCUUGGCCUCAGGCAAGGAACUUACUUCGCUGGCAAUGCCGUCUAUCGGUAGCGGUCGUGCCGGAUUCCCAAAAGCAGCGGCCGCAGAGACGAUUGUCAAAACAAUUAAGAAAUUUCUCAAUGACAACGCACUUGUCAGCCUGCGCGAUGUCCAAUUUGUCCUCUACGAUCAGGAAUCAAUUGACUGCUAUGUAUAUGAAUUAAACAGAACGACCUAG